AUGUGUGAUUCAGAUGAGAAAAAUUUAAAAAAAUCAAAUGAAAAAGAAGUGUAUAAUAAUAAAAAAUAUUCUUUAAUAUCUAAGCAAAUAUUAAAUCAAAAGGAUAAAACAAUAUGGAAUAUUUUAAAUUCAAGGAAGGUUCCAAAUAAUGGUCUAAAUGAAAUUACUAUUAUGAGCAUUUUGCAUCAAAUAUCAUCUCAAAAUUUAUGCAAUAGUGAAAAAAAUAUAAAAAUUGGUGAAAGAGAAAAUAGAAUUUAUAGUGGAAUAGUAAGAAGUAAAUAUAUGGGAUUUGGUCAUGGUAUUGGAAGAUCAGGUAAUUUAGAUGACGUUCAACCAAAGAGUGCAGGAAAUAGUAUAUUAGCAAAAGUUACAACUGGUUUUGUAAAAGAUUUAAUUAAAAGUUUUGGAAUAAAAAGUUGUGAAGAUGUUUAUAUAUUACCAUAUGCAACGGGCAUGUGUAUUAGUACAUGCUUGUUAUAUUUAAAAAAAUUAAAAAAAAAUAGUAAGUAUGUAAUUAUCUCUAGAAUUGAUCACAAAACAUGUUACAAAUGUAUUGAUUUUUGUGGCUUAAAAUAUUUUGUUGUAGAUAUGAUAUUUAAAAAUGAUGAAUUAUUUACUGAUUUAAAUAAAAUAGAAAAAUUAAUUGAAGAUUAUAAAGAAAAAAUAUGUUGUGUCAUAUCAGUAACUUCUAGUUAUGCGCCAAGAAAUUCCGAUGAUAUAGUAAAAAUUUCUUAUCUUUGUAAAAAAUAUGAUGUGCCUCACUUAAUUAACAAUGCAUUUGGUUUGCAAUGUAGUUAUAUAUGUAAAGAAAUACAGAAGUGUUUUGAUUUGAAAGGAAGAGUUGAUUAUGUUAUUCAGAGCUGUGAUAAAAAUUUUCUUGUUCCAGUUAAUGGUGGAAUUAUAUUCAGUUCAAAUAAAAAAAAUAUGAAGGCUUUAAAAAAAACGUAUCCUGGCAGAGCACCAGUAAAUGCUUAUCUAGAUUUAUUUAUCACGUUAUUAGAAUUAGGAAAAAAUAAAAUAAUGGACUUAAGAGAACAAAGAUUACAGAAUUUUAUCUGGCUAAAAGAGCAAAUUGGCAUAAUGUGUUCUAAAUAUAAUUUACAACUCAUAAAAAAUAGUAAAAACAAAAUAUCAAUGGCUAUUAAUCUAAAUCCCUUAUAUAAAUAUUGUGGUACAGAUAACCCUAAAGUUAUCAAUUUAUUAGGUUCAAUGCUUUUUUAUAGAAAUGUUACAGGUCAUCGGGUAAUUUGUUCUCCUUUAUUAAUUAAAAGGAGUACUUUAAAAAAAACAAAUGAAAAACAGGAACUUGAAAUGAGAUACGAUAAAGAUAAAAGAGAAAAUGUUAUUAAUAAUGUAAAAUCCAAUGAAAAAGUUCAAAUAAGUCCAAAUCAAAUAGAUAAUGGUAAUGAUGAAUUAAAACUCAAUGAAGAAACAAUAAAUCGUGAAAUAUGUUUCAGUAGUAAUGAAGAAAAUUUCAAAAAAAAUGUAAAUAAAAACACUUGUGAACAAUUAAAUGAAAUAAAUACAAUUGUUAUAGGAAAUCAUGUAUUUCAUAAUUUCGGUUCUAGUUGUGAUUCUUAUCCUUUUUCAUAUAUUGCUUUUUCAUGUGUGAUUGGAAUUGAAAGAGAAGAAAUUCAAAAUUUUGUUUCAAAACUAGAUUGUACAAUCAAUUACUUUAUUAAUAAAUUUAAAAAAGAAAAAAAAAAAAAAGAAGAAAUACAAGAAAAAAAUAGCAAUGAAAUAAAUCAGACAUAA